AUGAAGCCUGUUGCCACAUCGCCUGAACAGCUCACCUCACAGGUACAUCGGCUGUCGUUCGCUUCACCCUGCCUCGAGAACGCUGGCUGUUUAGCUCCGGGCGAGGAUGUCAACAGAUCCUACCCUGCGAUGUUCGUGACCACUGAUGCCCGAUCUGCAGCCAGCCCAAUCGCCCCCAGCAUCCCGCAAGAGGUAGCCUGCCUGAAAUUUGCGGCUGGUGACGUUUGCCCAGGCUCAUCGCUUAGGACAAGCGCUGUCUCCUGUAUCAGGCUGCAAAGUGCCCUCCUUUCGCCCUCCCUCGAGGACCUGCCAAACGAGGUUUUGUUUCACAUUAUGGGUUUCCUGGACGUCAACGACCUUCUGUCAACGUCGAGAACGAGCCAUCUCCUUCGCGAUAUUUCUCAAGCCCCUAUUUUACACCGUUAUCGGCUUCAGCGAGCCCGAAUUAACCUCCCAUCACGCCUAUCGUCACCAUCUCGUCCAACACUGGCUGAUCUCAUUGCUCGUUCAAUCUUCAUGACAAAUACUUCCAUAGUUUCUCGAAAGUUAGCCCGAUCCUUGGUAUCAAUCAGGUUGUCUCGCCGCUUGGCAGCCAGACCCUCGGCCGCAGCUCUGGUUGAGCGUUCUGUUUUACCCAAAGAGUGCGUGCCUGGUAUGACGUCAGUGCAUGUGGCACCAGCAAUUGUUGCCAAGAAGAAGGCAAUUGAGAAAGAGAGAGUUAAGGACGGGUUGCGACAGUGGAUCGCAUCGAGAUGGAAGCGUGAAGUCAGAGAGCGCCAAGAUGGCGUAAGAAGAUGGGAGGAGAGCCGCGGCAUAGGACGCGUGUGGCGCCUCCGUAGGUUUUGGGAAAGAGUUAGUCGUGGCGAGGGGCGAGACAGUGCUUGGUAA